UUGUAGUGGAAUCAUGAUGGAUUGGCAGAAGUGUCAAAUAAUUUUAUUUUGAGCUUUAUUCUUAUACUUUACAUAUAUCUUUCAGGUACGUUGUUACUAUUUUCGGGCAAUAAAAUGGAUGACCGCAUUAGUGAAUUGUCUGACUGCAUUUUAUCUCAUAUCAUGACUAUGUUAUCCAUUAAAGAUUUGUUGAAAACCAGUAUGCUAUCUAGAAGGUGGUACAAGCUUUGGUCUCUAAGAAGAGAUCUCAACUUUGAUAUCUUCAAUGUGUUUGGGAACAGCGAGGAGGAACUACUACAAACCAGGCAUCUCAUUGAUGUCCAUAGAAAUUAUGCUAUAGAACCCGAGUUUAUCUUCAUUGGGGUCCCUAGUGUGGAAAGAAGCGUCAAUUUGGAUAUAAGUAGGGAUGAAUUUGUAAAACGAGUAGAUCAAUUUGUCAAGAAUUUUCAGGGCAAAAAGAUUGAUUAUUUUCGGGUAAACUUCUUUUUAAAUCAUUCACAAAGCAACACUAUUGAUCAAUGGAUAAGUUUUGCAAUUUCAAGGGGAGUUGGAAAAAUUGAUCUGCUCUUUCUAGGAAGGCCUUAUGUGCCUUUCAAUCUCACUUCUCAAUCAAAUCGUUAUAAAUUCGACUUUGCUUUGUUUUCGGAGACUAAUACUUCAACUUUAAACCACAUGCGUCUUGAAAAUUGUCUUGUUUGUCAUCCCAUCAAUUAUGACUUUAUUCCAUUAAAAAAUUUAAGAUAUCUAUCUUUUGAAGAGGUAAAACUGAAUGAAACUUUUAUUGAAAGUUUGUUAUCUAAUUGUCCACAACUCGAAGAACUUUGCUUACUUAUUUGUGAGUUUGAAUCAUCAAUGCCAAAGAUAGUAAGUUCAUCCUUAUGUCAUCUUAAGGUUAGAGGGUGCUAUGUUGCAUCCAACCAUAACCAGUGGGAAUUAAACUUGAUUUUACUGGAUUGUCUUAAACUCACUUCAUUGGAGCUAGAUUGCCUUGAACUUACUUCAUUGGAUAUCUUGAACUUUAAUACCCCUAUGCUAAAGAGCAUUAAAUUCUUCAUUUCGUUGCAACAAGAGCUUGAUGCAUUUGCAACGUUUUUUCCUCAGCUUGAGAAUAUGCAUGUGACCACAUUUUCAAUGAUCACAAUUUUCCGACAAACUACUCAACCAUUCAAACAUCUUAAACAGUUAAACCUCAUUGUUUACACGGACUCAUACAUCUUAGAUGAUGUGGAGUAUGAUUCUUUGUGGAUCUUAAACAUCCUUCAAGCUUCUCCUCUUUUGCAGAAACUUUCGGUCAUGUUUGCAGAUUCAAUAUUCUCUAAAAAUCAGAAAGAUUUUAAAGAUGUUCAAAUAUUCUCUCAUGACGAGUUAAAAGUUAUUGAAUUGGGAGGUUGUGUUGGCAAUUGGCAUGAAAUUGAGUUUGUUAUGAAUGUUCUAAAAUAUGCUCGUUCACUUAAUCAAAUAGUUGUGAGUCCCUAUUGGAGAGAAGGUGACUCGUUGAAUUGGAAGUGUAAUCCCAUGUGGUUUGAAAGUGGACGUGAAAGGAUGAGAGAAAAGCUCAAAGGCAACGAAGUAGUGGGACGAGAAAAACUUAUGCUCAUAUAAGAUUUAAUGAAGAUCAACCCUACAUUAUUAAGGCUAAAGGAAUUUAAGAGUUAGGAGUGGAAGGGUCAUUAACCCGGAUAGUUAAAGAUGCAAUUAGAGCAACAUUUUGUUAACUUUUUUGGCUCUUAAGAUUUAUUUUUAAU